CCCUUCCCAACCAAAUUGAUUAACCUGCAUUUACUACUCACCACUCUCCAACCUUCCCUUCCCAUUAAUCAAAAUCAUUUAAUUCACCACCCUCCAUUUCUACCUCAACUUGAUUUCCAUUUAAAUCUAGCUUCUCCUGAGAGCCUCCAAUCCCCCCAAAAUGGAAGGCAUUUCCGCCACCGUCUACAAAGGAAUCAGACGCUACUGGCGCCGCAAGGGCUACCAGCGGAUCGACUCCGCCGGCCGGAACACCAAGCCGCGAGUCGUCGAGCUAGGCGGCGGCGGCUCGGCUCCUCCGAGGCGGAGGCCGUGGAGGAUUAAGCUGGCGCCGCCGCGGCUGAAGCUGAAGCUGCGAUUCUCGCCGAAGAAGCUGCUGCUGGGGCUGCGGGAUGCGUACAUGGGCAUGAUGAUGAGGAUCGCGAGCACGAGGAUGAUCGGGAGCGGAUUCUCCGGCGACGGAGUGAGCGGAUUCGGAAUGCGGCCGGCUAAGGAGUACGAUAGGAGGAUGGUUGUUGAGAUCUACAAAUCAAUUGUGGUGGCGCAGGGGCAAUUGGUACCCCGCGACGCAGCGUGGAUUCGCUCCGAAAUUACCUGCCCACGGUAAUUUUGUUUUUUUUUUUCAUUUUGUCCUCAGUGAAAACGUAAUUACCCGCCCACGGUAACUUUUUUUUUUCUUUUCUCAUUGUGUCCUCGGUGAAAACAUUCUGUGAGCUGUAGUGUUUAUGUAUCUAUUCCGAUUUAUCUUCAAAUCAAUAAAAAUCUCAACUUCAGUUCA